GAUUUUGGGCGAGGGCAACGCCGCCCUGAUGCCUCUGAGCACCGACCCAACGCCGGGAAAACGCAUCCGCAAACCGUCGCUGCUCUACGAGGGCUUCGAGAGCCCCACCAUGGCCUCGGUGGCUUCUCUGGCGGCUCCUCAGACCAACCCCCCUCCUCCCGAGGUGUCCAACCCCAAAAAGCCCGGCCGGGUCACCAACCAGCUCCAGUACCUGCACAAGGUGGUGAUGAAGGCGCUCUGGAAGCACCAGUUCGCCUGGCCCUUCCGCCAGCCCGUGGACGCCGUUAAGCUGGGCUUGCCCGAUUAUCACAAGAUCAUCAAGCAGCCCAUGGACAUGGGCACCAUCAAGCGGCGCCUGGAGAAUAAUUAUUACUGGGGGGCAGCUGAGUGCAUGCAGGACUUCAACACCAUGUUCACCAACUGCUACAUCUACAACAAGCCCACAGACGACAUCGUGCUGAUGGCGCAGACGCUGGAGAAGCUUUUCCUGCAGAAAGUGGCUCAGAUGCCGCCCGAGGAACAGGAGCUGCUGCUGCCCCUGGCCAAAAACAGCCACAAAAAAGGGGCAGCCCGGGCUGCAGCUCUCCUGGCGGGUCUGAGCGGGGCGGCCCAGCAGGUCCCGGCCGUUUCCUCCGUGUCCCAACCCUCGGCCGGAUUCGCUCCCGAAAUCCCGACCCCCAUCGUCACCAUCCCGCACCCGUCGGUCAUCGCGGCGCCGCUCCUGAAAUCCCUGCAGCAGCACCCCGCAAAUCCCAAUAAUCCCAAUAUUCCCAAUAUUCCCAAUAAUCCCAAUAAUCCAAAUAAUCCCAGCAAUCCCGGUAAUCCCAGUAAUCCCAGUAACCCCGGCGUCCUGGCGGCUCCCGCGCCCACCCAGCCCGUGGCCAAGAAAAAGGGCGUGAAGCGGAAAGCCGACACCACCACCCCCACCACCACCGCCAUCAUCGCCACCAGCGGCGGCGAAUCGUCGCCGUCCAUCGCCGAAAACCCCAAAGCCGCCAAAAUGCCGGCGCGGCGCGAGAGCGGCCGACCCAUCAAACCGCCCCGGAAGGACCUCCCGGAUUCCCAGCAGCACCAAACCUCCAAAAAAGGGAAACUUUCGGAGCAGCUCAAGUAUUGCAACGGGAUCCUGAAGGAGCUGCUGUCCAAAAAACACGCGGCCUACGCCUGGCCCUUCUACAAACCCGUCGACGCCUCCGCCCUGGGGCUCCACGAUUACCACGAGAUCAUCAAGCACCCCAUGGAUCUCAGCACCAUCAAGCGGAAGAUGGAGAACCGGGAGUUCCGGGACGCGCAGGAAUUCGCCGCCGACGUCCGGUUGAUGUUCUCCAACUGCUACAAGUACAACCCGCCCGACCACGACGUGGUGGCCAUGGCCAGGAAGCUCCAGGACGUGUUCGAGUUCAGCUACGCCAAGAUGCCGGACGAGCCGCCGCGCUCCGGCGCUGCCGCGGCCGCGGCGCCGCUGCCCACGGCCAAAUCCUCCAGCGAGGAAUCGUCCAGCGAGGAAGAGGAGGAGGAGGAGGAGGAGGAGGAGGAGGAGGAGGAGGAGGAGGAGGAAGAGGAGGAAAGUUCCACGGAAACGACGUCGGAGAGCGACGAGAGCUCCGACUCCGAGGAGGAGAGAGCGAACCGGCUGGCCGAGCUGCAGGAGCAGCUGCGGGCGGUGCACGAGCAGCUGGCGGCGCUCUCGCAGGGCCCCGCGGCCAAACCCCGCCGCAGGCGCGAGAAGAGGAAGAAGAAAAAGUCGGAGAAGCACAAAGGGAGAACGGCCGGGCCCGAGGAGGAGCGGCUGCGGCAGGGGCAGCUGCGCAGGGCCCGCAGGAACGGGGCUGCAACGGGGGCCAGCGGAGCUGGAGGAGGCUCCAGAACCUCCAAAAAACCCCCCAAACCCGCCUCUACCGCCGCCCCCUCGUCGCUGCUGGACUCGGAGGAGGAGGAGGAGCCGCGGCCGAUGUCGUACGACGAGAAGCGGCAGCUGAGCCUGGACAUCAACAAACUGCCCGGGGAGAAGUUGGGGCGCGUGGUUCACAUCAUCCAGGCCCGGGAGCCGUCCCUGCGCGACUCCAACCCCGAGGAGAUCGAGAUCGACUUCGAGACGCUCAAGGCGUCCACGCUGCGCGAGCUGGAGCGCUACGUGCUCUCCUGCCUCAGGAAAAAGCCACGCAAGCCCUACAGCGAGACCCUGAAGAAGCCGGUGGGGAAGACGAAAGAGGAGCUGGCGCUGGAGAAAAAACGGGAAUUGGAGAAGCGGCUCCAGGACGUCAGCGGGCAGCUCAACUCGGCCAAAAAACCCCCAAAAAAGGCCAACGAGAAGCCGGAGUCGGCGGCGGCGGCGGCGUCGCGGCUCAGCGCCUCCAGCUCCAGCUCCGACUCUUCCUCCUCCUCCUCCUCCUCCUCCUCCUCCGACACCAGCGACUCCGACUCCGCCUGAAUUCCC